CAAUGGAAGAGUGUAAAACCUAAACCUAAAAGCUAUCUAUUGUACAUUUUCCGAAUUUUGUGAUCUCCACCUUGAUUCUUUCUUCGACAUCAUCUCAAACACAAAUCAAAAAUAGGUGAGUUGAUCAGAUGAAAACGAAAAAGAUGAUAUUGUUGGCAGGGGAUCCUCCGGAUUGACCUGAUCCAGGGUCUAUGUCCCCAUUAAAGAAGUGUCGGUCUACUUCAGUCACACGAAACAUCAAAAAGCAGAAUUGGAAGUAAAACCUCUGCCGCCAGCGCAAAGAGCGGUGGACUCAAUUGUGAAGAUACCUCCGACUCGAGGGCGGAGACGGAGGUGAAAGAAUUAUUAAGACUCGUUCUCUUUCCGCCCGACAAGCAGAACGUACUUAGCAACAUGGUCCGGGUACUACCGCAGCCGGUGUACGUGUUUUUCCACCUGCUGCUCAACCUCCUCGCCUUUGUCGUCAUCUCCCCGUUCAAAACCGUGUACGCGGAGCUGGUCGAAAAGAGAAAUGAACGGGACGUCAGUCGUGAACACGGAGCGCGAAGUACAACAACUUCUGAAGCUCCGGCUGCACGAGAAUACGUUAUUACCCACGACGCAAUCGCCACGGAGGGAGGUGAUGCUGACGCUUUAGAAGAUGCCAUGCUGAAAAGGACGAAGGACGUCCACGGGGACGCUGCUGGCGGGGAGGAAGAAGGCGGCGAUGACCAGGAGGUUGAAGACGCGAAGUUUGCGCAACUGAACGAGCAAAUCAAUGCGGUGCAACACGAGCAGCACGACGGCAGGAGACCGCGAAAGAUGGCGUCGACACAAAUAUCCUCCUCGCCCAGUUCCGCCAGCGAAUUAGCUGCGUCUUCCACGGAUUUGCGGAAUACGAUGGGCUCCGAGGAAAAGGACAAUUCGGCACCCACUGCAGCGGAUACUACGAAAGUGAAGACCAAAAUAAAGAUUUUUUCUCUUCUCGAGCGACGUGGUCCAAGUCCAUUUAUGAUCAUAAAGCCCCCGCGCUUUGCUCACGUUUGGCGUCGGGCUCUACAAGUACAAGUUACCACUAGAGGUAAUUUAUUCAUACAUAAUACUUUGCAUCCACUUCCACUUUACAUUAAUACUUUGCAUCCACUUUACAUUAGUACACCGACCGAGUUGUAUUUGAACUUGUGUAUGUUUCCCGACAAGGCGGAUUGUGCAAGAGAAAAAGUUGUAGUUCUACUGUAGGCGGUUUCAUAACACACGUCGAUGCGUCGCGUCCGCAGUCCUUCACAGAGGGAGUCGCUCCCGUUGUUGGGACAGAAGAGCAGGAGGCGGGCCGCAAUGAACCAUCGGUACUGACAUGCUUGGUGUUACAGGGUGAAUGUGACUGAGGAACCAGACACCUCCUAGUGCUUCUAUCUAUAUCUUCUUGUUCAUUAGGUAGAAAAGUUCGUAUGUUGAAGAGCAUGACGAGAAAAUAAGUAUCUGCUUGUUUGCUCUUCAAUUUCAUACGAACUCGUCUUCGUCUUCAUGAUACGAACUUAUUUGCGCUUCAUCCUAAUCAUAAAGCUUCCGGUCUUUCAUGGAAAAAAAAAAUGCCAGAAAUACUUCGAGAAUGCAGUGUCGUCGUCUAUGCCUGCAAGUAUUAACGCUAGUUUGUUGCAGCAAGAAGUAGCGAUGGGAGCUGCAGCUGCGCGACUCGCUGCUGGAAACGCCGCACGACAAGCUGGAACGCGUACGGGUGCUGGCGCGGGACGGCAGACUGCUGCUGGAGCCGCACGUUCUGCAGCUGCAAAAACUCCUGCUGCCAUCCAUGCUGCUCGCAGAGAGGGUUUACGCCGGGGUCUCAACAAUAUGCGCCCAAAUGGUCAUCCUUCCGCUUCCCCGACCCCGUGGCAAGCUCAAGCACAAAGACAUGGUGCUGUUGCGGCAGCACAUCGAAUCAACCAGCAAAACGGGCGAGGGUUGGGAGUUCAUGCACAGGGCGCGCUUCGUGCGGCAAUCGAGCAGAACGAAGAGGCAUGGACACGAGCACUCACCUUCGCCAACGAAGCAAUUGAUGCAGGUGACCUGAAUGCGGCCGACCAGAUGGGGCUGGAUGCCGUGUCGGUAGUGCAGAAAAUCCUCGAUUAUCGUGUGCAAAAGUGUUGUAGCGUUGCCUAUUUUGGAAUGAAUGUAUGGUUCAUGCUAAUGCUAAAUAAUUUGAUGGACCAUGCAUAAUUGAAUUCAUUCUUUUUCAGCUACAUCGUGCGGCCUUGAAUGCGUAUGCAUAUGCGGCCUUGGUCACGUCUUGAAUAUGCGGCCUUGGAGUUGUUAUUGUUCGCAGUUGUUCGAGGUCUUGAACAUACAAUCAAGACCAACAACGAGGCACGAAUCCUCAUUUCGCGGAAUUCCCUGUUUCCUCCUGACCCUUCUUCCGUCACCAGAGGCAAAACAGUUCAUCUCGUCGCGUGACCUAUUCAGUAGGUCGCGCGAGGACAAUGUCGCCCUUUAGUAGUUUUACCAUAGGAACGCAAGAAGAUGUAAAUGAAUCCCAAUGGCGUUGCGCCAUACGACAAAAACGAGGAAAAGAGCUGCACUUUUGGACUUGAUAUCGGAAUCGAAGGUAUGAGUUUCAUGCAACAGCUGAAAAACGACUGGCAUGCAGACGACACAACUAACAACCCGACACACACUAGAGCCACCGAAAGCGAGGCACACCACGUAACUCACUUUCUCGAGCACCACAAGGAUCUCCGAGACGGCACCCAUACAGUUGAAGGCACCACAUUCCACGUCAAGCACUGCGGCCAGCACGGGAUGUUGUUGAAAGAUAAAGAUGAUAAUGUGUUCUCCGACGUGGAGAAACACAAACAUAAAAAUAAACAUGAUAAGCAUGAUGUUACUAAUGUGGUUUGCUUUCCCGGAUCCUUUGUGAAUGCCGUGAAACACGAGCUUCGAAACUUACGAGAGACAUUGAUGCACCCGAACGAGGAAAGCUGA